GGUGCGCCACUACAAUUUGCGCGGGAUUUUUGGGAAAGCGCCACCUCUCCCCUUAUGAAAAAUAGAAUUGAAGCCAAACCGCCCGUGGCAUUUUUCUUGGAAGCCUAGUUACUGCGAACAAAUAGCUUCUUUUGUUUUCAUUCAUGAGUGACAGCGUCUCUAUUAGAGAGAAAGGAAGCGUUUCAACCUUGUUUUCUUUGGGGUUUAAAACGGUUAGAAGACCUCGCACAAGAGACUCUGAAGAGUGGACCCUCUCAGGGGAAGACCAACCGAAAAGAAGGAAAUGUGUCCAAGUUUCUAGUUAUCCGAGUGAUCGUCUUUUGAAAACCAAAAAUUUAGAUGAACCAAGAAACUUGUAUCAACCGGAUCACCGUAUGGAACCUUUUUCACUCGCCAAAGAUUGUAGAGAGGAAGCAAGAGAAGUUCCGGAAUCUUUCUACAAAACACCAGAAAAACAAAUGAUUACCAGCAGAAUUGAAACAAUUCCACCCACUCCAAGAAAGCAGUUCCAUAGUGAAAUUCCCAACUUUUUGAAAGACAGGCCAGGUCCUCCUUCGAGAGUUGGUGCUUGUGCUUGUUGUGGAAGAGUGACCAAGCUAAGAAACUCGAUGCCUAUAUGCUUGCGUUUAGAUUGCGCCCUUCAUCAUGCGCAAAUAGACUAGAAGUGUAUAUAGUACUAGUUCUAUUGUAUA